AUGAAUGUAUAUGAUACAUAUGAUCUUGAAUAUAUUGAUUUGAAGCGGCUGGAAUCGCGCACGCGUUAUGAAUCAACAUUAGAAGAAAUUUUUGAACGUUAUGGGAGAGAUAUGACAGAAGAAUCAGACGAAGUAGAUUUAAGAACAGGAGAAGUCAUCGUUGAUCGAGGCCAUCUUAAUAGUCUCCGAGUUUCAUGGUUCGUUGGCGAAGAAACACUUAAUUUUAACGAUGAUAAUCAUGAAAAUGAUUUUUUUGAAAAUAUCUUAUCAUUAAUAUCUACAAACAGAAGAAAUACACAGAUGAGCAAUAAAGAUGUUAUAAAGAAAAGAUUUCCAAAAAAAUUUCCUUCAAAAGAACAAAUUUUUCAACAAUUUGGCAGUCUUGGACCAUCUAUUAUCAAAUUAAUUGAAAGUCAAAAAAGGAAACAAAAGCAGUAUUUUAAAAGGAAAAAAAAGACUCUAAAGUGCUCAAGAAGAAAUAGCAAUGAAUUAUAUAAUUCAGAAAUUCAAGAAAUGAAUGCACUUACACAUCUUAGUUCACGAGCAACAUCUUUUAAAUUUCAACAAAUGCCUAUUAACAUUUUAGAGAAUGCGCACAGAAAAGUAACAAGUAGUUUUAAUAAUUUUUUUAUUAAGAACAACCAGAAUACAUUAUUUAAUUCACUACAUAAUGUCAGACGUUUUGAUAUAAUUAUUGACUGUCCUAAAUCGAAUCACUCAUUCAUUCAAUAUUCAAAAACAGACCAUUCUUCACCAGGAAAUGCACUAAUUGCAAAGAAUAUGUCCGCUCAUCCUUCAUCUACUCAUUUUUUUGAUGAAUAUUAUAAUUUUGCUCCAAGUUCACAAAUAAAAUCAGCAUGGGCAUUCAAUAGUCAACCAUACAGCGAUUAUAUAUAUUCAGUUUGUCCAUCACCUUCUGAAUCAACUUCUCACUCAGAAACAGAGCACCAAUCCAUAACUACAUCUACUGAGCAAUAUACUGAUUCCGAUACUGAAAACACACAUCAAAAAAAACUUCAUUGCAAUAAACUGUUUUGUUUUACUUGCUCAUGUUUAUGA